AUUUGAGUAUGGCUAAAUCUAAUUUGAAACAACAACAAAAGAAAAAGUCAAGUGAUCUUACAAAAGACAAGUCCAAAAAGUCAAAAGCUUCAAAACAACCGGAAAAUGUGAUUCCUGACGAAGAGACUGAUAAAUUACGUGAACAGAUCUUAUCUCUUGGUGGUACUCGAGGUGAUCUCACUUUUUUGGAAAACGUUGACAAUGACGAUACUGAUGAAUUGAUCACUACAACUGAAGAUAAAAAUGAAACUUCGGCUCUUCAGGAUGAACUAAAAAACUUUAUGAAGAAUAUGGGCUUCUCAGCAAACCUUUAUGAUCAAUUUGAUAAGGAAGAAGAUAAACAACUUGAAGAAGCUGAACAAAACGAUGACACCAAUGAAAGUGACAACGAAAGGAAUAAUGAAAACGAUACUAGUAGUGACGAAGAAGAAGAAGAAGAGGAAGAAGAGGAAGAAGAAGACAACACUGAAGACAGUGAAAAUGAUACUGAAUCAAAACGUGUUCCAGAAACAACAUCAAAAGUCAAUACCUCCAACUUGCGAGUAGAACCUACACCUUACUGGUACAAUACCGAAUUACCUACAAUUCCUAUAACAAAGGGAAAACUCUUACCUACUCAAAUUUCAAGUAAAUAUGAAUUCGCCCGUAGUCUAUUGGAUCAAGAAAACGAAGAUGCCUCGAAAAAUUCCUCUCUUAGUUCAUCCGAUCGCAAAUUUAUGUCCAAUAUUAUGCAAUCUGGUACUCUCAACGAUAAGGUAUCUGCUCUUACUCUAUUAAUUCAAGAAUCUCCUCUUCAUGCAAUGAAGGCUCUGGAUACUAUCAUGACCAUGACCAAGAAGAAAGGACGCAAGGAAGCAAAUAUGGCUAUUCUCAGUUUAAAGGAUUUAUUCAUUGGUUCUGUUUUACCUGAUCGAAAGCUUCUCUAUUUUGCUGAUCGACCUCUUCAUCAUCCUGAUGUUACCAACACACAUUUGCUUUUAUGGGUCUUUGAAGAUUUUUUGAAGAAAUAUUACUUUGAAUAUAUCCAACAAAUUGAAGCACUCUCUCAUGAUACUCUGAUGUAUAUACGUUACAGUAUGGUGAAUUGUUUACAUGAUCUUUUAUCUGGAAAACCUGAACAAGAACAAAAUUUAUUAAAACUGUUGGUGAACAAACUUGGUGAUGCUGAAAACAAGGUGGCAGCUAAAUCAUCUCAAAAACUUAUCGAACUACUUGUGCAACAUCCUGGAAUGAAGAUGUACGUUGUACGUGAAAUUGAACAACUAUUAUUACGAUCCAACAGUUCCCAACGUGCUCAGUAUUAUUCUGUCAUUACGUUGAAUCAAACCAUUUUGACUUCAAAGGAUAGCGCCGUAGCCAACAAAUUAGUGGAACUCUAUUUCUCCUUUUUCCAACGAUUGAUGAAAUUGAAUGACGAAGAAGAUAAAGCUAGAGAAAAACAAGAUUCGGAUGAUGAUAACGAGAAGAAUGAUCCCAAACAGCGAAAAAACAAGAAACAAUUGAACCGUGAAAAGAAGGAAGAACAACGACAAUCUGAAGUGGACGAAUACAAUUCGAAAAUGAUUGCAGCUAUUCUUACUGGUGUGAAUCGUGCUUUCCAUUUUGCAACUCUUUCUGAUGAAUUAUUCGAAAAACAUAUGCAAGUAUUAUUCAAGAUUACUCAUUCUGGUACCUUCAAUACUGCCAUUCAAGCUUUAUCUUUGAUCUUCACCAUUUCUCUCACCAAACAUACUCAAACUGACCGAUUUUACCGAACACUUUAUGAAUCUAUGUUUGAUCCUCGUUUAUUGACAAGUUCCAAACAGGCUAUGUAUCUCAACUUACUUUACAAGGCUAUCAGUGCUGAUGAAGAUAUUCGUCGAGUCAAGGCCUUUGUGAAACGAACUGUUCAAAUUGCAGGAUACCAUCAACCUCCCUUUAUCUGUGGUCUGUUUUAUACUCUUAGCCAGAUUUUUGCAAAACGGUCUGGACUUAGAGCAAUGUUGACUACUCCUGAAGAAGAUGAUGAUGAAGAACAUUUUAUGGAUGCUCCUGAUGAUGAUGAUGAAGAAGAAGAAGAGAGGAUGACGACAAAAAAGAAAAGAUCAACAAAACAUCAACACAACAACCAGCUAUUACCAGUUAUGAUGGACGAAAACGUGAUCCUCAAUACAAUUCCAUUCAGAGAUCAUUAUCAUCCUUCUGUAGUCAAGUAUGCUGAUAGUUUAUUCAAAGGUGAAGUGAUUCAAGAUAACCCUGAUUUACAUCAUCACACUUUGAUGCACUUUUUGGAUCGAUUUGUGUAUCGUAAUGCUAAGAAACAUACAACAACUAAAGGUAGCUCUAUGAUGCAACCUAUUGCUGGUCGUUGGGAUGGUGGUGUCCUUCAAACUAGAGGUGGUGCUGGUAUGGAUCCAAAUCGUCUUCCUGUCAACUCUGCUGAAUUCUGGAGAAAAAAGAUUGAUCAAAUUCCUGUAGAUGAAAUUUUCUUCCAUAAAUACUUUACUCAAAAGGCCAAAGAACAACCAGAAAAGAAUGACAAGAACAAAUCUGAAGAAGAUGAAGAAGAUCAAGUAUGGAGGGCAAUGAUGGCUUCAGUACCUGGAGGAUUAGAUGAAGAGGAUGAUCUGGAUAUAGAUGAAGAUGAUUCUGAAGAUGACGAUGCUAUGCGCGCACUAUUGAUGGAUGAUGACGACGAGGAAAAUAUGAGCGACAAUGGAUUUGAAUCGGAGUCAAACCACGUGGAUACCGAUAAUGAAGAUAUUGACUUUAUGAAUGCCUCCAGCAUGGAUGAAGAAAGCGAUGAAGAAACAAGUCCGAACAAACGAAUGAUGGCGGAAGAUGAAGAAGAAUCCGAAGAAAAACCCAAGAAGAAAAAGCAAAAGCAACCUAAUCGACCUACUUUUGCUUCCUAUGAAGAUUAUGCUGCAUUAUUGGACAAGGAAGAGGAUGAUUUAGAAUAGAUAUUAUUAGUACUACUUUAUAUAAUUAAAAAAGCAUACACUUUUUUUUUU